AUGAAAGUCGAUAAAAAGAUAAGAUGAUAGAGAUAAUUAUCUUGGCUCCACAUUCAAGUACACAUUUACAUUGAAUUUUGUGUUAGCUUACAAGUGAUGAUUUGUUGAGAGGGUGCCAGAGGAAAUUGCUGCUGGUCGAAAUGAGUUGGUCUGCCUUUUGCAGCUCAGGCUCUAAUCUCGUUCCAAAAACUACUGAGGCAUUGAAUCCUUUAAAUAGGCCCAACAAGCAUCAUUAUCUGAAUGGGAGGCAGAGGACGAACUUGUAUCAGAAGAAUCAUAGAGCAUCAAAAGUUCUUGCUUAUUAUGGGUUAAGAAGCCCGCCCUACAAGCUUGAUGCACUAGAACCAUAUAUGAGCCAAAGAACACUUGAGAUGCAUUGGGGAGAGCAUCAUGGUGGUUACGUCGAUGCUUUGAAUAAACAGCUUGCGAAGAAUGAUUUAUUGUAUGGUUGUACUUUGGAAGAACUUGUUAAAGUGACUUACAAUAACGGAAACCCAUUGCCUGAAUUCAACAAUGCUGCCCAGGUCUGGAAUCACGAUUUCUUUUGGGAAUCCAUGCAACCAGGUGGAGUUAGCUCUCCAAUAUUGGGUCUACUUCAGCAGAUUGAAAAAGAUUUCGGUUCUUUUACCAAUUUCAGAGAGAAGUUUAUAGAUGCAGCUCUAAAGUUAUUUGGAUCUGGCUGGGUUUGGCUUGUUUUGAAAAGAGAAGAGAAACGCCUUGCAAUUGUCAAAACAUCAAAUGCUGUCAACCCUCUUGUGUGGAAUGAUAUUCCUAUCCUCAAUUUGGACAUGUGGGAGCAUGCUUAUUAUUUGGAUUAUAAGAAUGACAAAGCCAAAUAUGCGAAUGUAUUUAUGAACCACCUUGUAUCUUGGAAUGCGGCAAUGGCUCGCAUGGCUCGUGCACAAGCCUUUGUAAAUUUAGGCGAACCGAAGAUUCCUGUUGCAUGAGAUUCUUCACAUAUCUUUGAACGAGUCUUAACUGCUCUCAUAUGCUAUAAGGAGGAUAUUGGAACAAGUGGUUUUGGCAAUUCUCUAUAUGCACUGGAUUGUUUGAUCACACGAAGAUAGUCACAACCAAGCGACAAUCUGGGCUUCCUGAAAAGUCGCCAAGGGGAAAAUGACCCUUUUGACGAGCAUUUUCAGAUUUUGCUUUGCUUAGAUAAAAGCGUUGUAGUCCUUCUGUUGAGUAAUAGAUGCUCUGAUGUGGUGAUGUUCCAUAAGAAUUCAUUUUUCUUAUUCUGUAUCCCAUUUAUUCUUUGCUUCUCUUA